GUGGAUGACGCUCAGUAGUUUGACGUUGACGACCGCAGGGGGUACUGGGAGACUGUAGAUGGGGAUGUUUCCAUCAUGGCGGCAUCCAUUUCGGGUUAUACUUUUAGCUCUGUGUGUUAUCACAGCGCUAACAGCAACUCAGAUCACGAGGGCUUCCUUUUAGGUGAAGUCAGACAAGAGGAGACUGUUAGUAUUAGUGACACACAGAUCAGCAGUGCAGAGCUGCUCCAAGUCGUAGAAAUCCAUAAUCAUGAACCUUGUGCACAACUAUUUAGCUUUUAUGACUUCGCGGGCAAAGUCAACGAGGAAAGCCUUAAUAGAAUACUCAAAGGUAGACGAAGAAAUGUCAUCGGCUGGUACCGGUUCAGGAAGAACACACAGCAGCAGAUGUCGUUCAGGGAACAGAUCCUCCACAAGCAGCUGACGCGGCUCCUCGGCAUGCCUGACCUCGUCUUCCUCCUCUUCAGCUUCAUCUCCACAGCCAACUGCUCCACGCACGCCCUGGAGUACGUCCUGUACAGACCCAACAGCAGCAGGUACAACCAAAAGGUGACCCUCAGCAUCCCCAACCUGGGCAACACCAGCCAGCAGGAGUACAAAGUCUCCUCUGUGCCCAACACCUCACUCAACUAUGCCAAGGUCAUCAAAGAGCACGGAGCCGAAUUCUUUGACAAGGACGGUGUGAUGAAGGAUAUCAGAACAAUAUUCCAGGUCUACAGUGCACUACAAGAUAAAGUACAGGCUGUGUGUGCAGAGGUUGAACAGAGUGAACGUGUGAAGGAGAAAUGCCAGGAGGAAGUGAACAAACUCAAACAACAAAUCGCUCUCAGGAAAAGAAAAACAGCAGAGGAAGAGAGAAGAAUCCAGGAGGCCCAGAACGCAGAGGCCCGUCCCGGCCCGGAGGAGAACAUGGAGCCCCCAGACACACCCCUCCUCUCCCGGGUAGCCUUCCACACCCCCUCUGCCCCAGAGAGACCUGGUACCUCCACCAACCCCCCUGCCUACACAGACCUCUCCUCACAGGUCAACUCGCUGCUGCUGCCUUCUUCCUCUCCCACCAGUGCUGCGCUGCUGCCCAGGCCCCAGGCUGUGGGCUCCCCUGGCCACCCCACCCCCGGACCCCUGGGUCUGGGCAUGGGCAUGGGCCUGAGCGUGGGCGCUGGUCCCAGCCCCAGCACCCCUUACCUGGGCAACGGAGACGGUUCCAGCUCCGACUCUCUGGACAGACAAGCUGCAGGGCAGGAGGAUGAGGACGAAGAGGAUGAGGACAGUAGCGAGUACGAGAACCUGGUGAGCGAGGCGCCAGUUCCUGCCGGAGUGUUGGCGCAGGGUCGCCCCGCUGCCCUCAGCCUGGACGGAGACGCCCCCGGCUCACAGACCUCGUAGAUGCAAAGCCACAGGAUGGUGCUGUGGGUGACACACAGGACUCAACAGGAGAGCUGGGUAUCAACGAUAGACAUCUUUAUAUAUAUAUAUAUAUAUAAGAAAGGAAGUGCCAGCCCUGAAAACAAAAGGCAUGCGCAGGUGGGGUUCCGCUUGGUUCAUUUCUGUUUGUCCCAGUUUGAUCGCCACCUUGAGGGGGAAGUUUCCUGCCUGUGCAGUCCUAACUGUCUGUCUGAUGGGGGGGGGGGGGGGAGUUGGGACCUUUUUGUCCAGGAACAGGGGGGUUGCCCUAGUGGAUGUGAAUGUUUCAGCAAGCAAGGGAGGACGUCACCGAAUUUAUACUGACUAGCGGGCCACCCUUGUCCCUGCAGACAGACCUCUCUGAAUCAUGCUGCACACUCACUGCAUCUCCAACUCUGCGCAUCCAGUUAUACCAUUACCUCUUGCACUAUUUUUGCCUUCUUUUAAACAAUUUAUUUAAGAAAAGCAAAGGGAAAAAUGCUCUGCGGCCUUCAAACUAUUCAUUUUAGUGAGAGAUGGUAAUCAUUUGUUUUGUUUUGCAAUUUGAUUAUUACAAAGAAAAGAGAUUUAUGUGUAAAAUUGUUUAUUCAGUCUGCAAGGUUCUGACUCGCUGUUUGGCCUUUCAAAUGUUAGGUUUUCCUUUCCUUAAACAAUCAAUAGUUUGUCUUUUAUGACUUGAGCGGUUGCCUAUUUAAAUCACAAAAAAAUAUAGAUUCCAAACGAAAAUUUUACGUUGCCACUAUAAUGGGUGCUUACUAUAAUCCUCUUUUGUUAAAGUAACAAUUAUUAAUGUCACUUCAUUGACAUAGAUGUCAAUGCCUCAUUGUUCUUGAAUAACACUGAAAUUGUAUGCGCUUUGCUGCACUUAACAACUUUAGCAGAUUUCUUUGUUGUGCUUAACCAAUGCUGUCAUGUUGUGCUACCUUGACCACCCGAACAGAGCUUAAUCAGCUUGUUUUGCGUUGUAACAGGGUUCACAGGGCAAACAAACCUUACUGGAGUUUUACUAACCAGAUGCUUAAGAUUCCUGAACUGCUGCUGCCUCACUAAGAGCUACCACUAAAUAAGAAACUGUACAUCCAUCUGCACACUUGUCUGCUUCUUCCACCCACUUCUUAGCAUGUAAACGUUGUCUCCAUGACUACUGACUGAUAACUACCAGAGGAUAACAGGGUCAUAGCGUCUUAAGGUGACUGGGUUCUGCGUUACGUGCUACUCUCUCUUCCUGAGGUGUGUGUUUGUGUGUUCCUCCACGUAUAAACAUCACGUUUCUUUGCAAAUGCAAUGCUUUAAGGGGAAACCGCAAAUGGCACACUUGAGGGUAAGAAUCGUAAGGCAGACGGGGGGUAUCAGAUUGUGAUGGUAGAGUUUUUUUUCACGGCCCUGUGAUGUCUAGGCUGUGUGUGUGUGUGUUGCUGGGAACAUUGCAAAGAGCCAUCUGCCUUCCUUUGUGGUCAAACCCUAUUACAAACUAAAUGUACUCAGUGCUGAUUAGUAUGUUUGUGCAAGGACCUAAAUGUUGUGAUAACAGCUCUUCUGUUCAGUACCCAGUGCCUUCCAUUCAGAUAGCCACAGUGGUGCCCCACCAUGACUGCAAACAAAACACAACAGACUGCUAGGGUUGUAAUUAGGCUGCUGACAGGGAUUAGUCACCAUCUAUGUUCAUCCUACAAUAUGAACCAGCUCCUUGUAUCUACUUCUCUAGUUGUUCCUAGAUCGCUCACCCUCCCUCUACACCUCCACACAUCUCUAGAGUUCAAGCGGCUUGGCUCGCUCUCGUCUACAGUUGUAAACGUUAAACCCUGUCAUCAUUUGCAGUUGUUAUUGAAGGAGCCUCUUGCAUGGUAGGCCUGGCCGCUACGCUAUCUUAGAAGGAGAUGUGCGACCAUUCGUGUAGAUACUGGCCAGUGAAAUUUAAGAAGUGAUCCCGUGACGCAGGCUUUGUGAGAGUGACUGGGUGCAGACAGGAGGAGACAGUUGCAUCUAUGUGGAUAGAUGUGCAUACUACAACUAGAAGACUUACAGCAUUUCAUUCUCAUCAGUUCGUUUGGAAGUCCGAUAAUUUUACUGUUUGGAUUUGACUAUCGGCGUGGAAGGAAGCUCUUAAGGACUUCCUUUCCCCACAGCCCAUCACACUUUCUGCCCUGCGAUCAUCAAGCUUUCAUUGUCUUAUAUGGUCGCAUCAUGUCGCAUAAUCAUUUAAGGACUGGUACUUAAAAUGUUAUUCAAAUUAUUCAUCACAAAAUGUUAAUAAUGACAAAGUCAUGUGUGAAAUCAAUAGGCUCUUCUUUUGGAGCACUGAAAUAAAGUGUUAGGGUUACUUAAUCAAUAUUGAAUGUACAGUAGAGGGUGGGGGGAUUGCAAACAGCACUUAUUUAUGAGCAUCUCAGUUAGGGAGGAUGUGGCUGGUAAGGAGGGGUGGACUGGGUCCCCCUGUGGGGUGUUUUUUAGAAGAGAGGAUACAGUGAAUAUUGGAUGAAGUAACUUGAGAGAACUUUCAUCUGGUAAUAUUAAUCUGCCUCUCGACACAAGUAGAAAGCUUGCAGGCGACACCUGCAACCUGCCUUCCUGUCCUGCCUCCCUGAAGCACAGUCUAAUCACACUUCCCACCUCAGUUUACUAGAUAUGUCUAAUGGGUUGGACAUGAUAGAUAACCAAUCUUGUUGGGCGACAAUUUACGAUUUAUGAUCCUAUAAACUGGGGGAUGAUAAAAAAGAGACCUGCUCUUUGGUGGUGGUGCUGUGUAAUUUGUACUCAAUGUAAACCAAGAACCUUAUGUUUAAAUAGCUGAUUUUAGUGGGAAACCGUUAUUUAAGUAAUGAACAAAUAAAGAAGUCAAAAUA